UAUUGGUUGAAAGAGCAGCCAAUGAGAGAGCCCGUUACUAGUCUGCGUGCCGCGCUGUAGGGGGAGCGCAUUAGGCCCUGCAGCCCUACGCGUUCCGCUGGUGUUUAGCAGGAUGAGCUCCAUCGGCACCGGGUAUGACCUGUCGGCCUCUACAUUCUCUCCUGAUGGAAGAGUUUUUCAAGUUGAAUAUGCUAUGAAGGCUGUGGAAAAUAGUAGUACAGCUAUUGGAAUCAGAUGUAAAGAUGGUGUUGUCUUUGGGGUAGAAAAAUUAGUCCUGUCUAAACUUUAUGAAGAAGGGUCCAACAAACGACUUUUUAAUGUUGAUCGACAUGUUGGAAUGGCGGUAGCAGGUUUGUUGGCAGAUGCUCGUUCUUUAGCAGACAUUGCAAGAGAAGAAGCUUCCAACUUUAGAUCUAACUUUGGCUAUAACAUUCCACUAAAACAUCUUGCAGACAGAGUGGCCAUGUAUGUACACGCAUAUACACUCUACAGUGCUGUUAGACCUUUUGGCUGCAGUUUCAUGUUAGGGUCUUACAGUGUGAAUGAUGGUGCACAACUCUACAUGAUUGACCCAUCGGGUGUUUCAUAUGGUUAUUGGGGCUGUGCUAUUGGCAAGGCCAAGCAAGCUGCAAAGACAGAAAUAGAAAAGCUUCAGAUGAAAGACAUGACCUGCUGUGAUGUCGUUAAAGAAGUUGCAAAGAUAAUUUACAUAGUACAUGAUGAAGUUAAGGAUAAAGCUUUUGAACUGGAGCUCAGCUGGGUUGGUGAAAUAACUAAAGGAAGACAUGAAAUUGUUCCGAAAGAUAUAAGGGAAGAGGCAGAGAAAUAUGCUAAGGAAUCUUUGAAGGAAGAAGAUGAAUCAGAUGAUGAUAAUAUGUAACAUUUACUUCAGCAUUUGUUUUAAAUUUCUAAUACAGUCCCCAUGUAACUAUUUAGCCCCUUGGAUUAUUACAUAUUCACUGACCAAUUUUCAUUAAAUUUUUGUCUUGUAAUUCUUGAAGUUUGGUUACUAUCUCCAUGACAAAAUUGGUGGGAUAACUGAACACAUAUUCAUAGCAUUAAAAUGUAAAUUUAUGCCUACUAAAAAAUUUCUUAGUUAAAAUGCUGCAAAUAGAGGCUUUGGAAUCAGAUUAAUUCAAAGCUCCAUUCCAGCUAGGAUCGAAAGGUUGUAUUCUGCUGGGGUGUUGUGUAAAAAUGACCUACCAAUGUAGUAGGCAAUUGCCCACUUUUGUAUUUAGUGAAAUGACUGUUUAUCAUCAGCCACUGUUAACCUCUAGUUGUACACACACAAGAAAGAUGUUCCAGUAGAGUCAAGAAUGUAUUUUUUUUCUUUUAUUGUGGUGAGGAGUGGAUUUAAGUAUCCAUAAAGUUGCUAUUCUGUCACUUAAGAAAUUUCUCAAUCUGUAAAGUUUAUAUAAAAAUACUCAUAUUUUAUGCUAAAAAAUAAAUGAGAAUAUAUGUGGAAGUACUCUAAA